AUGGGAGUGACGCCAGACGGCUGGAGGUUCUUCAACUGGAGUCUGUACUUCAUCUCUACCACUAAGAGGAACUGGACGGCCAGUAGAGACGACUGCCUGCAGAGAAACGCAGACCUGGUGGUCAUCAACAGCAAAGGAGAACAGGAGUUUGCUACCAAAUGGCAGAAUAGUUUCUGGAUCGGGCUGAGACUGGACCGAGACACAGAUAGGACUUGGAAGUGGGUGGAUGGUACCAACGUGACUUUCAGUUCCUGGCUGUCCGGGGAACCAAACAAUUACCAUGGAGCAGAAGACUGUGUAGUAGCUUGGAACGUGGGCUGGUAUGAUGGAAUUUGUCCCGCGCUUUACUUCUGGAUAUGCGAGAAGGCCGUAGCCUUGGACAACUUGGUAAUGAAAUAAACAGUGGCAUGCUAGACAACUCUUGCAUAUUCAGUACACCCAAAAAUGCGCGAGUAUUUGCACGCUUAACUUCUGCUGCUUGGCUUAGAGGAGUAAGGAUCCUUGUCAAAUUAACAUUAGCCACAGUAGAGGUGCAGAUUUUGCAAUCAGUACUGGCCCACAGACUUUAGGGUGGGACAGCUACAUAACUAUGCAUUUUGAGUGAACUAUUCCUUAUUCCUUAGUCCAUAACCAUGAGAUAAGACAACUAUUCUCUUACCUGCUAACUAGUCUAUGGGCCAUUUGUUUCUUUUGCACAUUUUCUCUUGCAACAGAUAGUUUAGUUCUUAAUUGUCAAGGGGCAGUUUGCAAAUAUUACUUGUCCUACACAGGCCUAAUGCAUUUAUAUAAGAUAUUAAAAUAUCAUCAUCAUUCAAAAUAUAUUCAAAAAAAUAUUUUAAAUAUUACAAUAUUCAUUCAACAAUUAACCAAAAUAUCUACAUUUUGUAACAUAUUCAUGAAAACUGAGAUACUCUCUCGGUUGAGUUUACGGACACCAUUGGAAAACAGCGUUUGGAGUUGCUUUAUGCCAUGCUGCAACUCUAUUAGACUAUAGCACACGAGAAGGCUAUGCAAUUAUUAUAACUAUAACGUAACUUCACAGUCAAAUGUGAAAAGACAAACAUUACAAUAUAUACGCUACUUAAUUAAUUUUAAAAAUAAACUUAAUUUAACUGGUAUUUCCUGUUAUCUGGAUAAGUUGAGGCAUCCAGCAUCUGAGAUUCAUCAUCUGCUCACAGUAUAUUCCCUGCAUGUCACCUGACAGUCAUUGGAAAUUAUUGUUCAAAUGAUAGAAAUGAACAUAUAACAGACAUUAUAAUUAGAUACUAGAAGAGAUUAGUACAACUCGUUGGUGUUAGACAGUAUAAUACAACAUUAUAAAUAUAUAGAAGAAGAGGAUAGUACAACGAGAUGGUGUUAAGACAGUAUAAUACGAGAUAGAUACUAGAAGAGAAUAGUACAACUAGAUGGCGCUAGAAAGUAUUUUAUAACCUUUGAAUAAUCAGGUUUUCAACCACCUGUUCUUUUAAAAUACUUUUUCAACUCUGCCCAACUAUUUCUGUCCUGUUACAUGUUAGUCUGUAACCAAUUAAAAGUAAUUGACUUCUAAUUGUAACAUUUUGUGGAAUUCAUAUUUUUUCAUUAAAAAAGUAUUCCAAUUUGA